GCGCCGCGGUCACGUGGGCGGCGCGGGGGAUGGCGCGCGCGGUGCGGGCGGCGCGGGGCGCGGCGGGGCCGGAGCGGGGCGCGGGGCCGCGGGUGCGCUUCGGGCCCAGCCCCACAGGUUUCCUGCACUUGGGUGGCCUUCGGACUGCUUUGUACAAUUACAUUUUUGCCAAAAAGCACCAAGGGACCUUUAUUUUGAGAGUGGAGGAUACAGACCAAAGCCGAGUGGUGCCCGGAGCUGCUGAGGGAAUAGAAGAUAUGCUGGAUUGGGCAGGCAUUCCCCCCGACGAGAGCCCUCGCCGCGGCGGCCCCGCCGGGCCCUACCAGCAGUCGCGCAGACUCGCCCUGUACAGCCGAGCCAGCCAGGAGCUGCUGGCCCGCGGCGCGGCGUACCGCUGCUUCUGCAGCCCCCGCCGCCUGGAGCUGCUGCGGAAAGAGGCGCUGCGGAGCCAGCAGACCCCGCGAUACGACAACCGGUGUCGGCACCUGACGCCCGCGGAGGUGGCGGAGAAGCUGUCGCAGGGCCUGGAGUGGGUGGUUCGCUUCCGGCUGGAGACCGGGGUGGAGCCUUUUCGGGACCUGGUCUAUGGCUGGAGUAAGCACGAAGUGGCAGAGGUGGAAGGUGACCCGGUGAUUCUCAAGGGGGACGGGUUCCCCACUUACCACCUGGCAAACGUGGUGGAUGACCAUUACAUGGGCAUCAGCCACGUCCUGCGGGGAACCGAGUGGCUGACUUCGACGUCCAAGCACCUUCUUCUCUACAAAGCCCUUGGCUGGGACCCCCCUCAGUUUGGUCACCUCCCGCUGCUUCUGAACAAAGAUGGUGGGAAGCUGUCCAAGAGGCAGGGGGACAUCUUCCUGGAGCGUUUUGCUCAGGAUGGCUACUUGCCAGAGGCCCUGCUGGACAUCAUAACCAACUGUGGCUCUGGGUUCACAGAGAAACAGAUGGGAAGGACUUUGGAGGAGCUGAUCUCGCAGUUUGAAAUAGGCAGAAUUACAACCCAUUCUGCCCUCCUGGACCUUGAAAAACUCCCAGAGUUCAACAGGAUUCACCUCGUCCGUCACAUUGAGAAUGAAGGGCUGCGACAGAAGCUGGUUAGAGAGUUGCAGCUGCUGGUGGAGCACGUCUAUGGGGAUCAACACAUAGAUCGAGAUGUUCUAGAAAAGGAGUAUGUGGAGCGAGUCCUCCUGCUGAGAAAAGGACACAUAAGCUUCCUGGAGAAUCUGGUGUCCUCUGAUUAUUCUUACUUAUGGGUUAGGCCCUCGGUGUCCCGAGAGCAGCUGCAAACUAUUUCUGCAGAAGUAGAUGAAAUAGGAAAACUAGUCUUAGGGCUCAUGACAAGGAAGGCAGCAGUUUUGUCCAUGGAGGAGUUGAACAAAGACCUGAAAAGCCUCCAGAAGCAAACCAAAGAGACCAAGUACAGCAGUGUGAUGAAACUCCUUCGCUUGGCUCUCAGUGGGCAGCAGCACGGACCGAGCGUUGCGGAGAUGAUGGUGACCCUGGGACCCCAAGAAGUGUCUGCACGAGUCCACAAAGCCCUGUCUGGCUGACAGGAGACAGCAGCAACACCCCCAAGCCAGCCCGGGGCCCGGGUGGUGUGGGCAGCAUGUGUCAUGGCCCUAGACCUGGACUGUUGGAU